CCUGGUUCACACUUGUGAGAUAAGCACACUGACAAGCAUAAGUACACAAGAAAAUGCUAGUGUGCACUGAGGUGAAAUAAGCACAAGCAUAAGCACAAGAAAAAGAAACAUUUUCCUUUUUCUUGUGUUUGCGCUUAUGCUUAAUACGCUUAUUUCACUAGUGGGAACUGGUCUGAAAUAAGCACAAGCAUAAGCGCAAGAAUUCAACCAUUCAAAAUAACACUGUUCCAGAUCUCCUCUCGGUCAACAAAAAUGGCGGUUGAGAGGUUAGCAGAGCUUGUCUGGAGCUAUCCAAUUCUGUACGAUAAAUUGUUGGUUGACUUCAAAAACGCACAUAAAAAGGAGUUGGCGUGGAGCGAGAUCGCACGAGAGCUAAAUUUGAAAUCAGGUAAGCAAAAGCACGAAUCGAACUGAGUUUGUUUACCCAAGGAAUGAUUAUUAAAAUAAAGUGUAGCAGAACUUUGGUUGUAUUCACCAACAUCAACGCAGCAAACAGCGCAUCUUCCUCCGCCAUGUUGUUUCUCCACUGACGUAUUCUCCUUUCCAGAGCCUCUGUUCUUUUCACAUUUGAAAACGAAUAGAAGUGGGGACGAGAAUGUUUCCGACAUGACUCACACUGCGCAUGCAUAUGUCGCUAAUGCGAACAUCCUUGCGCUCCCUUGUGCUCAUGCUUGUGCUUAUGCCUGUGCUUAUCUCACAAGUGAGAAGCAGGCUUAAGUGUGCGAAUACAAAUGUCUCGUAGAUCCUUUUUGUGAUCUUAGGUGACCGUUUGAAUUAUUUGGGCGUGUCUACCCUGCACGGGUCCCCAAAUUUUAGAAAGAGGGAGGGAGGAAAAAGGGGCGCAACCAGGAGUAUUAGAAAAGAAGUUCCUAAAGCAAUGUAAGCUUUGAGGUCUGAAACUUUUCCUAACUGAACGUGAAGGCUUCCCGUUUUCAGAGCCCUAUAUACUCAAUGGAAGGUAGUGAACCUUACCUUCCGUCUAGCAUCUCCUAGGAGGUGUAGUAUUUUACCCAGGCUAUCGUCUUGAACCCCUUAGGACUCUAUAAAAAUAUAAACAGACUGAUACAAGUUCUUCGGACUUGUGAAUGUAUCGAAAGUAAACAAAGAAGACUUUUUCGCGGGAAAAAUUUUAAAAUUCCUCCAUGUGCAAAUCACGUGUCAAGCUCUGGCUAACAUGACGUCACACCGGAUUUCUCUGCGGCUUCUCGCCGAAGAGCAGCCAUGUUGGAUUGAAAUAGUUUUCAUCCCUCUUAAUCUGUACGCUUGAAACAUCAUCAAGGAACCAAAAGAUAAGGAAAGCACCCGACAUUAACUACAAAUACGCUGCUGCCUUUUUUUUGUGUUUCUGAACGGUUUUCACAGUCAAAGUCCGAAGCAACGGAAGACCUUCGUGAGAAGCUUCAUUUGUCGCUAGCGUAAGAACGCUUACGCCGCUAUGCAGAAGGGGAAAGCUGCCACUUCCCCUCCUGCAAUGGUUUUUCAAGGAAGACCACCACAACAAAAUGCCCGUGGACCACCUUCGUCGCAGCAAAGGCCCGACGAGUUUAAUGCAAGACAACCACAGGCCUUCCAACUUCAAGCACAAAUGCCACAAAAUUUAGUCAUGGGGCAGAUGCCUGGCCAAAUGCAGACACCCCAAGGACAACCCCGCCUCCCAAAUCAACAGCCGUUUUACCAUGGCCAAAGACCCAUGAGAAUUCCAAGACACCAAAACCCAAACAAUCCGCCAAUGUAUGCUUCACCUCCAGGGGGUCCCAUGGCAGUACAAAUGAUAGGACAUGGACCACCCCCCUUCAUUCCCCAAGGGCAAAACCCACAGUUUCUUCCACAGCAUGUUGAGUACACACAAAUUCCAAUGGGUGGUCCACCUCAGAUGCAAUACAGACCUCAGCAAGCGAUGCAGGGUCAAUUUCCACCUGUAUCUGGUCCUUCACCAUCACAAGGACCAUUCGGCUAUCCACAGACGACAGUUUAUCCCAUGGGACAGCCCUCACCUCCUGUUUAUAUCAUGAGAGCCCCCACAGCUCCCAUGCCUGGAGUGCCACAGUAUCAAACUCAAAAUUUUGAGCCCCGUGCACGGGAGAGAAAAAUAAUCCAGAUAAAAGAUCCCAACAGUAACAAAGAUGUAACGCAAGAAAUCCUAAAUCGUCAACCCUCAGGAAGUUUAACAGGCAGUACCACUGGCACCCCUAAUAAUUCUACCCCAGAUAUUUCAGGACAGUCUAGUAGUUCAAGCACUCCUCCUUUGACGUCACAACAGCAAGCUGAGGCCAAUGUGCGAGCGCAGUUUGCAGCGCAGGUCGCUGCAACCUUAGCCAAUGAUAGCGAGGAGAAACCUAAGAAGGUUGCUGAAUAUACCAUCCAGAAAGCACCGGUAAAUAAUAAACCAGUGCCAGUAGAUACUAGCAAAGUAAAAGAAGUAGCAGAUAUAUCAAAAGACAAAGUAGCAAAAGAAACUGAAAUUAGUUCGAAUAUUAAUGUAUCAGAAACUCAAUCGGCUGAAAAGCCAGUUGAAAAUGUUGUUGAAACACAAGCCAAAGAAGAGGAUGCAAAAAGACAACCCAAGGAAGCCGUACAGGGCUCUAAACUUAAUGAUGCAGUUUCCAUAGAGAAUUCAUUGGGACCAAAAUCUUUAGUCAGUUCAGUGGAUGCAAUCACAUCUACAAAAGGAAUAAUCCCCAAUGUCAGAGUAGAAAUCUUUAGGGCAGAUGAUGUGCGCAACAAAGAACAGACUCUUAAGGAAGCACAACAGAGCAGCACAGCUGCUAGUGAUGUUAAAACUGCAAAAGAACCUGCAAAAGAACCUGCAAAAGAACCUGCAAAAGAACCUGCAAAAGAACCAGCAAGAGAACCUGCAAAAGAACCUGCAAAAGAACCUGAAAAAGAACCUGAAAAAGAACCUGAAAAAGAAACUGCAGAGCCAGCUGUUACUGAAGUGGUACCAGUUGAAGAGGCCAAAACAUUAAAUGGACCAGUAUCACUUCCGAGUGAGGAAGUAAAAGAAAUAGAAGAAGACGUUAAAAAUGUUGAAGCUCAAAAGGAGGUUGAAGCUCAACCAAAAGUGGAGGCUCAAUUGGAGGUUGAAGCUUCACCUGUGGAGAACGUCACAGAACCUGUGGCAGACAGCAAAGUUGAUGAAGUGGUGCAGCAACAAGUUGCUGAACCCGAAGCAACAGCCAAAGAAUCUGCAGAAGCAGAAGUUUUGCCAACAGCUCCUGAGUUGGAGGAUACAGCUAGCGUUGAGAAGCUGAACGGCCAUGAAGGUGACUUGAAGGUGCCCGUUGUUCCAAAGAAUCCUGUAGACACACAAGCAGCCGCCAAAGACAAUAUGAAGAAAAAGAAACAGAAGCAACGCCUCAAGGAUAUGGAGAAACGUUCUUCGGAGAAAGAAAUGGAUCUCAUGGAGGCUUACACAGAAAGGCCUCCCAAAGAAGAGGUUCCUGAGGACAGCGAGGAAGCAGCUGCUGAAGAAACGCAACAAAAAGAGGAAGAAGUUAGCGAAGAAGUUCAAUCAGAGGAUGAGACAUGGGAGGAUAAAGAAGAAUCAAGUUUUCCAGAUCUUGAUGGGGAAUCAGACAUGUCUCGAACAGAUGGUGGAAAGCUCACCUAUGAGAGAGAUUUCCUGUUGCAGUUUCAGACAAAUCCCAUGUGCAUGUUGAAACCUGAAGGCCUACCUGACUUGGAAGUUGUACUUGGCCAACCACGAACCCCAUCUAAAUCCGGCUAUCAACAGAAAAUGCCUAAAACUGAUGCCGGUGAAAAUAUGUUUUUGCCUGCAUAUCUUCGCCAGAAUUCAAGAAAUAACUCUUCCAACCAAAGAGCCCGAGGUAACAGAAAUGUGCAACCCAAGAAAGUUAUUGAACUUGCACCAAAAACUACGGGAAGUGAGCAGUUGAGAAGAACUGAGAAAAGAUGGGUGCGACCAAGUGAGAUAGCCAAAGAAGGUUCUGAAGAGGAUCUAAAAACUGAGGAGCUGUACCGUAAAGUUAGGAGUAUACUGAACAAGUUGACGCCUCAGAAGUUUCAGACUUUGACACAACAGAUCAUUGACCUGGAUAUUGACACAGCAGAAAGAUUAGAAGGUGCAAUUGAUCUGAUAUUUGAGAAGGCCAUAGAUGAAGCUGCAUUUAGUGUAGCUUAUGCUAACAUGUGCAGAUGCCUCAUCCCUAAAAAGGUUGUUGUGGAGAAGGAUGGGGUGAAAAAAGAAAUCACUUUCCGCAAGAUUCUGCUGAACAAAUGCCAGAAAGAGUUUGAGAAAGAAAAAUCUGUGGAGAAGAGAAUCCACGACAAGCUGGAAGAACUCUCUAGCAAAGGGCUGAGUGAAGAGGAACUUCAGUUGAAGAAAAAUGACCUUCAAGAUGAGGAGACCCUUCUCAAACGACGCACGUUAGGAAACAUCAGGUUUAUUGGUGAACUUUUUAAGCUAAAGAUGCUGACAGAGAACAUCAUGCACGACUGUGUAGUGAAGCUGUUGAAGAGUAAUGAUGAGGAGGCAUUUGAAUGCUUGUGCAAGUUGCUUGUUACUAUUGGAAAAGACCUUGACCAUGCAAGAGCCAAGCCAAGGGUUGACCAGUACUUUGCACAAAUCAACAAAAUAAUCACAGCAAGGAUAACAUCGGCUCGUGUGCGAUUCAUGAUGCAAGACAUUGUUGAUCUACGGGAAAAUGACUGGGUCCCUCGUAGGGAGGAUAACAACCCCAAAACUAUUGAUCAGAUCCAUAAAGAGGCUGCUGAAAAGGCCAAGAAGACACAGAUCAUGAUUCAGAUGGCCAAACAACAGGAUAAGAAACUUAGAGGAAGUAUGGGUGGUCGUGAUAGUCCUCGACCAAAUGUUGUUCCACCGGGUGAUGAAACCUGGACCACUGUGGGCAGAGGGCCAAAAAAUGUUAGUGUGGACCCAAAGAAGUUUCAGAACAUCAAGCGCCCUGUUGAUUCUGAGAACAUCUCACUUGGACCAGGUGGCCGAGGGUAUGGAGCAUGGGCGAGAGGCAGCAGCGGAGGAACGGGAACAGUUGGCGCUGGGGCUGGUCCAUCAGCUGCCGCUUCUGGACCUGUUCCUGGCGCUGCAGCCGAUGACAACAGACCUACUGGCAACAGAUACUCUGCCUUGGCAGGAGAAAGAAAACACUCUGCUCCCGCAAGACAAAACUCCGCUGGCCGGCAAGAACCUCGUAGUCCAAUAUCUGGAGGUGGGCGUCGUGGACCUUUCCAGGCAGGAGAACGGGAGAAGGCUCUAGAGGCUGCGCGGGCAGUAGCACAACCAAAGCGUAACAACCAAGAGCGUGAAGGAGGAAGGGAAUCUCCAAGACUGAUCCCAGUAGCAGCUUCACCCGUAGAGGCUGCUUCUGCUUCUGUUUCUCCAACACCUGAACUAUCAGAAGAAGCAAUGAAAAAGAAGGCGCAUGCAAUUAUCGACGAGUAUCUUGACAUAAGAGACAUGAAGGAGGCAGUGGAGUGUUUCAAAGAACUUCAGUCCCCUUCAACACAUCACGUCUUUGUGAAUCUGGCAUUCAACCAUACUAUGGAGAAAAAAGCUUCAGACAGAAGUGCUACUGGCAGGCUGCUGCAUUACUUGCUCCGUGAUGGGGCACUUACGCCUGAACAGUAUCUCAAUGGUGUUGAACAGAUAUUUACAUUUGCUGAAGACCUAGAAAUUGACAUUCCGCAGUUGUGGAAAUACAUUGCAGAACUCAUGGGACCAACAGCAUUUGAUGGCAAUCUUGAUCUUGAUGAACUAUUUUCUCAACGGGUGUUGAAAUAUGUGUCGAAAAACAAAGCUGCCAAACUCUUUGCGCACAUGUUGCAGACUGCCACCAAUGAGUCGAGCCGUGAAGAUGUAUCUGCCAUUUUGAGUAGAUAUCGUCUGAGGUUAAACACCUUCUUUGAAACUGAGGAAGAAGCUGUUAAAUUUGCCAAGGACAAGAAUAUUGAAUUUGCCCUUGGACAGGAUAAUUCAUCGCAGCCCACUGGCUCAACAGGGCAACACUCCGCUAGAAUACAGGAAGAACUUAGGACUCUCGUAUUAAAGAGGAAAGCCAGGAACGAAGACGUGUUCGAAUGGAUCGAUAAAAACGUUUCUCCGGCUGACACUAAGGAGUCCUCAUUUAUUAGAGCUCUUGUAACAGUUGUUUGUGAAGACACAAUGGACAGAGAAGAGGGAGGCCAGUGCAAAUGCAAUAUCAAUCACCUGAAGGAAAGGAAAAAUCUACUCCAAAAGUACAUAGACGAUGAUACCAGUCGAGAACUCCAAGCUCUUUACGCAGUGCAGGCACUCUUUGUUCAGCUGGAUCACCCACCAGGUUUCAUCAAGUCGUACUUUGACAGUUUGUAUGACGAGGAGAUCAUCACAGAAGAAUCUUUCAACGCCUGGGAAAGCAGCUCCCAAGAGGAGCCAGGAAAGGGCGUGGCCAUAACCGCCAGUUCAGAAUUCUUCCGCUGGCUUGGAAGCGCCGCUGAGGAGCCUGGGGAAGAGAGUUGACCUCCACGCCUACUGCAAGAUGAAUUUAUCUAAAGAAUUGGAGCUGGUGAAUUGAAAUUAUCAAGAUAUGCUUUAGAACGUCUGCCGUGCAAUGCGCGGAGACAAUUUAAGAAGAGACCAGGGAAUCAGUGGUAACGAAUUUCGCCGGCGAACUCAAUUAAUAGAGCGAGAGAGAAGCUGGAAUCUUCAAGCUUCCGAGAACUCUUCUGCGAGGAAAUAUUUAUAUACGACUCUGACGGGUCCUUCAUGUAAGGAUCGCCAAGAGUCCUCUGCAAUUCAACGUGACACUUGGGUCGGUUUUCGGUCUCAGUGCAGUUCUUGCUGAUAUGCGAGAGACAGGAAUCAAUCACAAACGCGCGCUUUUCUGUUUGCAUUUCACGUCUGCUUCGUUACUGACAAGUCGAAUUUGUGGUCAUUCCAAGCAGAUGAACUACAAGCCAAUGGUGGUUAUAAAAUAAUUGAGGUUUCUUGUCCGCUAAUGAGUGUCGGACAUCCCAGUCUGCUGUAGACUUGUAGACUGUAAAUACGAAAGAACAAGACUGUAAUAAUUAUUGUGGAACGAAAAAGAAAAGCAAAGAAUCCAUAUUUUGUGCCUCAGAAAGGAAAUUAAUAAAUUAAUGUUUGAAUGAAUUA